AUGGAUUACCUUGGUCGUAUAUUAUGUAAUACAGAUGAAAUACAAGUGUUCGAUUAUUCAUUGAAUAGUACUGUGCCACAUACUACAAAUUGUACUCAAUCAUCAAUUCUUGUCCUUAUUCCGCUAAUAUUUUUGGUUGUAUUUAGUCCACUUGUUCUAUAUGACCUCAAGAAAAGUCGAAAUCCUCCGUUAGAACUUUAUUCACCAACAGUUGCCCGAAUUAUACUCUGCUUCCUGCUGGUAGUGAACCGUUUAAUUGCAACAGCAUUCAAUCUAAUAAUAUGGUUCCGAACACCAUUAACGUAUCAACCGUACAGCAUCAUGUCAUGUUGCUGUCAAUCAGUGACCUACUGCAUAUGUUUGCUGUUACUAAUUGCUUAUCGUAAUCGUGGCUUAGUAACUUCCGGCGUUUUGUUCAACUUUUGGCUUCUUACUGCAAUUUGUGCAUUUCCAGAACUUAGACGCCGGUCUUCAUAUGCCGAAGAUUUUAUCGGAAUUCAGGAUGAACAUGAAGUCUUCGUGAAAUAUGUGUUGUAUAUAAUCUACUACGCAUUCAUACUGCUCGAAGUAUUCUUGUCAUGCUUUGCCGAUAAGCCAAAAUAUUGGAUGGAAGAUGAGAAGCUUUGUCCAGAAGAUAAUUGUUCCUACCUGAAUAAAAUAACAUUCAACUGGUUCCAUAACUUGGCAGCACGUGGUUUUCGUAGACCGUUGGAAGUUAAUGAUUUAUGGCGAUUGCGGCUGCAUGAAGAAAGUGAAAAUUUGCUGAAAAAGUUCAAGCGUCAUUGGGUACCAGCGGUUAAUGCCUACUAUGAAAAGAAACGUUCAACGGAACGGUCAACGUCACUUAAGAAACUUGGUCCGAAAGCACAACCAUCGUUAUUGUGGGCACUUGUGAAAACAUAUCGCUGGACCAUUUCAGCUGGAGCUGCGAUGAAAUUUAUAUUUGACUUGUUAAAUUUCGUUAACCCACAGCUUCUCGGUGCAUUAAUCUCAUAUAUCGAAGACAGGAAACGACCGCUAUGGAUGGGUAUUGCUAUAUCAUUUGCCAUGUUUAUAGUUGCGCUCGUUCAGUCAAUGAUUCUGCAUCAAUAUUUUCACAAAAUGUUCAUGCUGGGUAUGAAUGUGCGUUCUGUGCUGACAAACGCUGUUUAUGUCAAGGCAUUAAUGUUAUCCAACACGGCUCGAAAAAAUCGUACUGUUGGGGAAAUUGUAAAUUUGAUUUCUGUGGAUGUCCAGCGUUUCCAAGAUAUCGCGAGUUUUAUCAUGCUUUUUUGGUCUGCUCCACUUCAAAUAUCACUGGCGAUUUACUUUCUAUGGCGAUUACUUGGUAUAGCAGUUAUUGCUGGUCUCACCGUACUUUUCGCUACAAUUCCCUUGACUUCAUAUAUUUCUCUACGAAUGAAAAGCUGUCAGGGAAGACAAAUGAAAUUGCGGGAUGAACGUUUGAAGUCGAUGUCAGAAAUUUUAAAUGGAAUUCGAAUAAUUAAAUUCUAUGCUUGGGAGAAAAGUAUGCAAAAACUGGUUUUGGAAAUUCGUGAGAAAGAGAUUGCCGUGCUACGCGAAAUUGCACUUUAUAAUGCUGCAAUAUCAUUGACUUGGUCAUGUGCACCAUUUCUUGUUGCCGUUGUCACUUUUGGUUUGUAUGUGAAAAUUGACCCACAACACAACCGACUUACACCUCAAGUUACAUUUGUUAGUCUUUCACUUUUCAAUCUGAUACGUUUUCCAAUGACAAUCUUUCCGUUGAUAUUCAGUCAAGGAACACAGUGCUCGGUUAGCAAUGCCAGACUGAAAUCAUUUUUGUCUGAUGAUGAAAUGCAUCUCUCUGUAAUAGAUCGAUUCUCUUCAAACGAUUAUGUCUUGUCAAUACAGAACGGCAGUUUUUCUUGGGAUAAUAAUAAAACGACAUUGAAUGACAUCAAUUUGAAAAUUAAGAAAGGCGAGCUUGUUGCCAUUGUUGGGAAAGUGGGCAGUGGUAAAAGUAGCUUGCUAUCUGCUAUUUUAGGCGAAAUGGAUAAGUUGAGCGGUAGUGUGGAUGUUGUUGGGUCGAUUGUUUAUGCUCCGCAGCAACCGUGGAUCCAGAACUUGUCGUUGAUGGAUAAUAUUUUAUUUGGUAAACCUUUCGAUGUCGAGCGUUAUAAAAUAGUACUUGAUGCAUGUGCAUUGAAACCAGACCUCGCAACAUUACCAGCUGGUGAUCAAACUGAAAUUGGGGAAAAGGGGAUUAAUUUGAGUGGCGGUCAGAAACAUCGCGUAAGUCUGGCACGUGCUAUAUACGCCGAUUCAGACAUUGUUCUUCUGGACGAUCCGCUGUCAGCUGUUGAUGCCCAAGUUGGGCGGCACAUAUUCACCCGUGUCAUUUCAUCUCAAACUGGCUUGUUAGCCAAGAAAACGCGUAUUUUGGUAACACAUGGACUACAUUAUCUGAAGUAUUGUGAUCAAAUUGUCGUCAUGAAUGAUGGUAGAAUUACGGAAGUGGGCACAUUUCAAGAAUUAGUCCAAGCGCAAAAAGAUUUCGCAGAAUUUUUGGAAGAAUUCCUUAUAGACAAAGUGAAACAGCGCAGACAGUCACAGGAUGAAAAAGAAGAUUCAGAAGAAAUGGAAGAAUUGUUGAAAGAUUUGCAAGUUUUCAAUCCGGAACGACGAGAACGUUUGAAAAGUUUAAACAAGACAAGACAGCACACAGAGAGCACCUCAAUAACUGCAUCACCUAUCGAACAGACAUCUGUGCAAGAUAAUCUACAAGUCGAACAACAGGGACAGAAUGUUGCAGCGAAAAGGAUCACUAGUAAUUCAAUAAAAAUCGAAGUUGGUGGAAAAGCAGAUGGUAUUUCAUUGUCUGCACAAGUGGCUAAUAAACCAACUGUACCAAACAACGAUGAACGGUCGAAAUUAAUUGAAAAGGAAGAUAUUGAAGUUGGAAAGGUGAAAUUUGCAGUGUACCUUUUGUAUCUUCAUGCUAUUGGUUAUGGCACAGCAGCAUUUUUUAUUGCCAUUUAUAUUUUUUCAUCAGUGCUCGGUGUUUCAUCCAAUUUAUGGUUAGCCAAUUGGUCCGACCAUGCCAAGAAAGCAAAUAUCACGGAAGCAAGUCAAGACGACACGAAUUGGCGUUUAGCAAUUUACGCAACACUCGGAUUGGGACAGGCCACAAUGGUUUGCAUUGGUUCAAUUAUAAUGGCAUAUGGGAUGGUUUCUGCAAGUCAGAAAUUGCACGAAGGAAUACUGCGAAAUAUUAUGCAUUUACCAAUGGCGUUUUUCGACAUAACUCCGCUCGGACGUAUCGUGAAUCGUUUUGGAAAGGAUAUAGAAAUAGUGGAUGCAUUAUUGCCGCAUACAUCUCAUUCAUUCAUAUCAACAGUACUUGUUGUUUUAAUGACAGCGGCUGUAAUCCUAUAUGCUACGCCGAUGUAUUCAAUCGUCAUACCCUUUCUUGCUGCUAUUUAUUUCCUUGUUCUGGAUUUGCAAAAUCUCGAUGAACGUUUACCAUCAUCAUUGAUGACCUUCAUUGGAUGUAUUGUUACCGCUUUUAGUAUUAUGAUUCUACCAGCACUCAUGACGCCACAGAUUGUCCUUACCUUCGCUAUUAUUUCAUUCCUAUAUUGUAUGCUAAUGCGUUUCUAUAUUUCGACGUCACGGCAACUGAAACGUCUUGAAUCUGCCGCUCGAUCUCCCAUUUAUUCGCAUUUUCAAGAAUCGAUCCAAGGAUGUGCCUCGAUCAGAGCAUAUCGAUGUAUGGAUCGUUUUGUUCGUGAAUCUCAGGAACGUCUUGAUAAGAAUAUUGUUAUACAAUAUCACUUACUGGUUGCUAACAGAUGGUUAGCAGUGCGCUUAGAGCUUGUCGGUAACCUUAUUGUGUUCUGCUCGGCUUUAUUUGCAGUCUUCUGUAGAGAUAGCGGUUCGGCAACAGCUGGUUUGGUUGGAUUAUCCGUUGCAUAUGCUCUUAGUAUAACACAAACUUUAAAUUGGGCCGUACGUAUGGCAAGCGAAUUGGAAACCAAUGUUGUUGCUGUUGAACGACUCAGGGAAUACACUGAUUUACCAACUGAGGGUUUAACGAGUGAAAACGUAGCGCAUACGCCACCACGAGACUGGCCAAGUAAAGGUGAAAUUAUUUUCGAGAAGUUGAAGAUACGAUACCGCGAUAAUUUGGAAUUUGUUUUAAAAGGAAUCAGUGCAACGAUUCAUCCAGCUGAAAAAGUUGGGAUUGUUGGCAGAACUGGUGCAGGUAAGAGUUCUCUCACACUUGCUUUGUUUCGCAUUAUUGAGGCGGAUUCGGGUCGAAUAUUAAUCGAUAAUGAAGAUAUUUCAAAAAUGUCGUUGGAUGAUCUUCGCUCAAAAUUAACAAUUGUUCCACAGGAUCCUGUUGUGUUUUCUGGAACAUUACGCAUGAAUUUGGAUCCAUUCGGUCAUUUUGAUGAUACCUUGUUGUGGAAUGCACUUCGAACGGCUCAUCUGGAUUCAUUGGUGCAUUCGUUUCCUAAUAAAUUGGAACAUAAAUUAAAUGAAGGUGGUGAAAACAUUAGUGUUGGACAGAGACAACUGCUUUGUUUGGCUCGAGCAGUAUUGCGUAAGAGUCAGAUUUUGAUUCUGGAUGAAGCAGCAGCAUCUGUCGAUAUGGAAACAGAUGCGCUAAUCCAGAAAACAAUUCGCGAACAAUUCUCACAUUGCACAGUUCUUACAAUUGCACACCGCUUACAUACAGUCAUGGACAGUGACAGGGUUUUAGUACUUGAAAAUGGUUGCAUUCAUGAAUUUGAUACACCAAAGAAGUUACUUGAUGAUCCGGAUUCACUGUUUCGUGCGAUGGUAAAAGAAUCUGGAUUGUUGCUCAUCGAAGGACGUUAA